ACUGGAGUAUUUUAACUGCGUAUCCGAACUGAUGCGUGCAUAACAUAUGAAACGAGUGCAAAUCGGGCCAAAUCGGUGUACCGGGUGAAAUCGGGCUAUACAAUCGAGCCCACCUAAUAGUUAUAGGUUACGGUUCAUGUCAUUUCAUGUAUAACAGUUUCGGUUUGUGAAAUAGUUUGUACAUAUAAACUGAGGUAUUUUGACUGUGUUACAGCUGAACUGAUAAAACCUGGAACUGUUUGACGAAGACAAAUGUCUGUCAGGAAGAAAAAACAAACGGAAAAGGAAAAGAAGUUUGAAGAGCAAGAAGAAGGUGAAGUAGUUUCGAAAUGGCAUCCACAGGCUAGAUCAGGAUAUCAGCCCAGACGUAGAGAUGCUUUCUCACGAAGCAUAAGCCCUCCAAACUUAAUACGAUCACAUAGGCUGCUAUCUACACGAGAACAGGACGAUGAUUUACCAGUGAGAUCUAUUCCUAGAAAUUACGCUGUGGUUGACCUUACGAGAUAUACUGGAGAAGUCCCUGACGAGAUUGAAAAGACUCCAUACUACGUAGAUCUCUACCAUAGAUCCUUACAAUAUGGAAUGACAAAUGAUCGUUCCAUUCGGGUGAAUAUAGUUGGGAACUUUGGUCAAGGGAAGACGACUUUGGUAAGACGUCUUACGGAGCGUAAUUUAGACGGCAUUGAGGUCACCAAUGGUAUUGACCUGGCACAUUUCAUUUGUGAGAGAGAAUACUGGGGAAAACUAAAAUAUAAACGUGAGGAAGAAAUGGUCUCACGACAUCAAGAUACUGUAUAUAAUAUGGAUAUCUGGGAUUUUGGUGGCCAGUAUAUAUAUUACGCGACACAUACAUUAUUUCAUAGCAAAAGAGCUGUAUACCUUUUGGUGGUGAAUCUUGAUCUUGACCUGAAAGAUGUUAUCAAAGACGAAGAUUUUCCUACACAAUCCGGAGAACGCAAUAUGGAAUAUUUUGUCAAGUUUUGGAUGAAUUCAAUACAUUCCUUUAUUGGCUCUGAAAAUGGACAUGAACCUCCGGUCAUUAUUGUUGGUACACACAAAGACCUACUCAUGGGAAACUCGGAGACGGAACGCCAACUCAAGGCUGACGAAUACUUUGAUAAUAUCAGACAACUAUUUGACAAUACGGAAGUAAGAAACCAUAUACGAACAGAUUUUGCCAUUGAUAAUACGAACGAAAAGGAUGAGUCAAUAGAAAGGUUGCGUGAAACAAUUUAUAAAACUGGGAAAACAAUACUUGGAAAUUUUCAAAUACCGAAAUCGUGGAUGGUCGUUGAAACCGCAAUUCAGCAAGCCGACAUUGGGAAGAUUGUAAAAUUUCAAAGGAUAAAGGACCUAAUAAGGUACGAAACAUAUGUUUUAGAAAGCAAUGAACAAAUUAAACUGUUCUUACAGUACUGCCAUGCCAAAGGGACCUUGAUUUAUUUUGACGAAGAACCGAUUUCAGAGUAUGUAGUUUUGGAUCCACAGUACCUGAUCAAUGCCUUCAAAAGUAUCAUAACAUCAAAAAGAUUCAUGAAAAGAAGUGCACAGCUCCGACCAUUUUGGAACAGACUAGUUACAGAAGCCAAGCUUGAUGAAGAGAUGAUUGACAUACUCUGGAGAAAGGAAAAUUUUAUUCACCAUAAAGACAUUCUGUUGGCAUUUCUGAAGAAACAUUAUAUCAUUUCCCAGGCAACAAAAUUUGAUGACAAAACUCAAACUUCUGUUGAUCUAGACUGGUACAUCGUCCCCAGUUUGCUAAAGGAUCACAGUUCGCAAAGUGAGAUAGCUGAUUUUCUUCAAGGAAAACAACAGUCAAAAAUUCGAUACGUGCUACAGUUUGGAGGCAUUUCAGUCGUUCCCACCGUGUAUCACCGAUUAAUUGCUGCAAUACUAGGAAAGUGGUAUGUUGUAGAUUAUAAGGGCAAAAAUCUUAUAUAUGACAAGCUGCUUGUAUUCAAACUAGAUAUUACCCAUUUAGGCCUGAUUGAGAUGAAAGGCAAUGACAUUGAACUAGCCAUGAUUUAUUUAUGUCCACAGUCAGGUAUGUCAACAGCUGUUGCCGACAGCUUUCGCCGUUUCGUUGAAUCAGUUAUCUCCUAUGAAUUCAGGAAACUUCGAACAAGCAUUGAUGAUAAACGAAAGCCAUACUCGAUACAUUACAGAUGCAAUGACGCAAGUCAUGAUUUUCAAGGAAGCAUGAAGCUUGAAGACUUUCAACAUUUGAAAGAGAAAACUCAUGUUCCAUGCCCCGAUCUGCACACACACGUUAUCGAUGCGUAUGAAGCAAAGAGCGAAUGGUUUCUAGAAAGCCAAAUAUUUGAGGAUCUGCCAAAACGUAUUCUGACGGACAAGGACUUAGGCAGAUUUUCGCAGGCAAUAGGAAAGGAUUGGCAGAUCCUUGGACCAGAAAUUGGCUUGAGUAGAGUGAUUAUUGAGCAUAUCACAGUAGAUUAUCCCCAAAGCACUGCGAUGAAAAUAUUCAAAAUGCUCAGUAUAUGGCGAGAUCGGAAUGAAGAUACAUGUACAAUUGGUAACCUUGUGAUGGUGCUGAAGAAAUGCAAAACAAUUACCGUUGACUGGGACACAGUAAGAAAUAUCAUAGAAAACUUAAAUUAACUUGAUUCUGAUUGUAUAAACAUAUAGAUACUUACAAUUUAGACAGUCUGGUUGUAUCAGUUGUCUACAGCUAUAUAUUUAUAAUGUAUUCAAAACUAAACAGAACAAUGUCAAUGUCGCUUUACAGUACUAUAAUAAUCUCAAAACAAAACGGUCACGAGAGCAUGGCGGCAAUGUUUUUUCUCUCUGUAUGGCAGUCGAAAAACAGAUAAGGUAUGAUUUAGUGAUUUAGUACAAUUUGGCGGUUGGAAUGUGUGCUGAAUACCAGAAAAGGAUUACAGUCACAAAUGAAGAAGUAUUAUUUGAAAUGAUCUUGUUGGGACACACAAUUUUGAAUUUUUAAGCAUAACACCAAUAAAAAGUCCUUAUGUUUGCCAUUUGAAUGUUUUGACUCGGAAAGAACUCGCAAUGGAUCGCAAACCACGUGUAACAUUUAACGCGCAUCUAUUAUCGAUUGGUGCCUUUUACCGCGACGUCACUUAUGACGUACGUCUUGGGUACUUGUUUGUAUUGGAAUGGAGUUGAUGUAGUAAAGUUAUUGAAACCAAACGUACUUUUAGUAUUAGUGUCGGUCACGACAAUUUGGUCCUGCGAACCUGAUACACCGCCUUAAAAGAGAAACUUAUGCAACAACUCAAGAGUAGAUUUACCGCUACAGCUGCAAAGAUCGAUUUUACGAAAUGCCGCAGUUAUAAAAGUUCAAAGGUCGGUGCAGACGAUUUGGAGAUCAGCGAAGAAGAAAUAGAGACUAUUAGUCUUUCUUUAGAAGAGAAGUAGACAACACUUGAGGGUGUACACUUACAGGCUCUAGAAAUACUACCGCUGGAAAAUGAAAAGAAAAUAGAAAUAAGAGUGAUCGCGCAGCACGAAUACUUAUCUACAGUGCAAAUCAUACAACCUUAAGAAAACAUUAAAGGUAAAAAUAUAAAUCACAAUGUCGCCUCACAUAAAAAUAGUAAUAGUUUCACAGAAACACAGUCCAGUCCUGAAAGCGGAAACAUCGAGUAAACAAAGACGCCGCAUAUUCAAGCAAUGCUGAUAACAGUUAAAAUAAUGUCCAAACUUCUUAUUCCUGAAACAGUUAGCAUAGAUUGCUGAAAUAAGGCAUUCCAAUAUUCACCGGAAAUGUACUUGACUGGCAAGCCCUCUGGAAUUUAUAUGUAUCUGCAAUACAUGCAAACUCGUCACUUCUGAACGCACAUAAAUUCAGGUAUUUGAAAUCGAUUCUAAGGGGAGAAGCCAUCAAACCAGCACAGGUUUUGCGCUUCCAAACGAGAUUUUACACGAACGUUAUGAUAAUCAAGACAUACAUUACAGCCCUAUAAGAUUUACCCGUACCAGUAAAUAAUUCUGCAAACCUUUGACCUUUCUACGAUGGAACCGAGACGCCUUGAAACAGAGUGAAAAUACAUAUGAUUUAUUGCUAGUACCCGUCAUAAUGCAGAAACUUCCGGCUGAAAUAAAAAAGAACAUGAUCCGUGAACAUGGUUCAACAAAUUGGGAGUUUAAGGACAUUAGACGAAUUUUGUAGAGGGAUUUA